GGCACUCGCAAGUCGACCUCCGGAGCCGCAGGCGCAGCGCAGAGCAGCCCAGCCAGCCGCAGCAGCAUGGUCCGAGCUUGUGCACAGCUGGCGCUCACCGCCGCCACCCUGGUCGCCUUCUGCGCCGCCCUACCGCAGACUGUCAUGGCCAUUGACUUGAGUCGCCUGUACGGGCACCUCAGUGCCAAAAGGAACGGAGAGGCCUGUCAUCCAUACGAGCCAUUCAAAUGUCCUGGUGGUGAAGGAAAGGGCAUCUGCAUCUCGAUCCAGUAUCUGUGCGAUGGCGCUCCAGACUGCCCUGACGGAUACGACGAGGACACACGGCUCUGCACCGCAGCAAAGCGACCACCAGUUGAAGAGACAGCAUCCUUUCUACAGUCACUUCUAGCGAGCCACGGACCAAACUACCUUGAGAAACUCUUUGGAAACAAAGCCAGAGACGCCCUGGCACCACUCGGAGGAGUCGAGAAGGUCGCUAUUGCUCUUUCAGAAUCACAGACCAUCGAGGACUUCGGGGCGGCGCUACAUCUGAUGAGAUCGGACUUGGAACACCUACGCUCAGUCUUCAUGGCUGUGGAGAACGGCGAUCUGGGAAUGCUCAAGAGUCUUGGAAUAAAGGACUCAGAGCUGGGCGACGUAAAAUUCUUCCUGGAAAAGCUCGUCAAUACCGGAUUCUUGGACUGAAGUGACCUACCGUGUCACAACAGUGGCUCCCCACCAGUGUUUGGCGUUUCUCAACCUCACCACAAGCUAAAUUUUCCUCUAUAUACUGUUUCGAAACAUACUUAGACUCCUAUGCUUCACGUAUUAAUAGCCUGCUGUAACUCAUGAAACAUAUCUUUAAAUUAGUUGUCUAAUAUUCUCCUCUUCAGAAAAUUGUUACAAUGUGUAAUACAUAGAGUUAUAAAAGUCGUUGAAAAUUAUUUUACAAAUAGAGGUCGUAAUAAAUCACCAUGCAUGAUUAUAACAGUUUCUAUGCUUUUACCUUUUCAUAAUUAAUGUAACAUGUAGUGGAAAACAAAACUGUGUGGGACUAAGGUCAUUUCACCUUGUUAUUUACUUUAUAAUAAAGGUGUAUGCGGUCCAGUCUUAGAA